AUGGAUUUUUACUGCUUGAGGCGCCAACGACCUUCCACCUGCAGAUACUCUCCUCAGCAGAGACGACGAGCGCCGGCUCCGACGCCUAGGACUCCCUCUCCGUCUGUGCACAACGGAACACAUCAUCAGUCUGAGUCUGAGGCCCGGCAUUCGAGAUCUACAAACGAUCCCCUGGCCGAAGAGGAAACUGAGGUUCCUAGAGAGGCACGUCUCUUGUGUGAUGCUCAAGGAAAACUGAUCUUCAUAGGAGACUGCGCGCCACUGUCGUUCUUCCAGACCGUCCGGCAGCUGGUGAAUACACGCGUAGAUCCGCAUGUCUUUGCACAUCAGAGCGAGAACCCUCCCUUCAGACCACCUACUCAGUACUCUGGCAACGGCGAGCCGAGUCUGCAUCUGGCAACAAUACCCAGGGCCAUAUCCACCUAUCAUGCAGUUGUGAGAUAUAACUCAAAUUUCCUGAUUGACAGAGCGACGUUGAUAACCAUCAGAGCUGGCCUCGUAGAUCUUUUCGGCCAUGCGCACCUCGUGGAUGAGGUAGCAUCAUGGGCUCAACAAACACACCGCUUGCAGGAUGCAUCGUCGGCCACCUUCUAUCUUGUCCUCGCCAUAGGCUAUCAGUCCUCCGAGGAAGACGUUGCUUCAGCUUAUUUCGAAUACGCACGGAACAUUGCGCUGACCAACCUCAGUGGCAACAUCAAUGUUCCCACCAUUCAGACUUUCAUCCUUGUUACCCUUUACAUGCUUGGGUCAUGCCAAAUGAAUGGCGCUUUUCUAUUUUUUGGGAUUGCCGUGAGAGCAGCGUACUCAAUCGGGAUACACCGCACUGAAAUCAACUCUCGGUUUGGUCAUGAAAUACACAGACAGCGAGAUCGCUUAUGGAAGAGUUUGCGCGUACUGGAUCUCUUCUUGAGCACGUCGAUGGGUCGACCACCCGCAACAUCGGAUGUCGACUGCACUGUACCGUAUCGAGCUUCAGAUGACAGCGGACAAGAAACAUUCGAUCUUCUUAACGCUUCGGCUCAGAUCUUUCUGAUCACCGAGGGCAUAGUCGUAGAGGUUUACUCCCGACGGAAGGUCUCUUAUCAAUUGACCGAAGGCAUCUCACGACAGCUACGAGACUGGUCCCUUCGCUGGCUUCAGAGAUUGAAAGAUGUUGUAGCCGUUUCCUCUGCAGAGGACGACCCUAGCAAGACCACUGGGGCCUGCCAGGGCCAGACCUCAUUUGAAGUUGACUUUGCCGCAGCUGUCAUCUUAGUAUCACGACCUUUCCUGAUGUACGAGCUGCACAAACGCCUGACUGAAAGCUCCGUGGGUAUCUCGGUCAGCAAAUCAGGACUUGUGUCUGGCAAGUCGAAACUUGCCGAUGCCUGCAUCGAUGCUGCAAGUUUCAUGGUGGACAUCUUAGUAGGACUCACAGAGAAAGGGUACUUGAACGGACAUAUGCCACUCAUAGUGUCAUGGCUGUUCGCUUCGUCUCUCAUAUUGGGCGUAGGACUUCUCGGAUCCUUCGGCCGCAUACUGGAGAAAUACGCCCGCAACGCCAUCAUGGUGCUUGAGCAUUUUGCCAAGAGUGAUGCUCAUGCUGCACAGUAUUCGAUGAUAGCAAAAACUUUGCUUAAUGCCGCUCUCGACUACCUGGAAAAGAAGGAGUUGCAAGAACGGAUUCAGAGGACCGAGAGCUCUUCUCAGCUAUUCGGCCUUGUCCCCCGCGACAGCGCAGACGUUGAUCAUACUCCUCGUCCUUCCUCUAACACCCAGACUACGCCUGCAGGCGCUGACCGGACAUUGGCUACCAAGCCUACCAACUCGGUUUCCGGCUUCUUGGGCUUAGGCUUCGGUUCACCACCAUUUGCGGAUGCAGAUGCAUCGUUCCUUGGUCUCUCAGCGUCUCUGCCGCAAACCCCGGAUCUAUCUGUGCUUGAUGGAAGGCAUGAUGAUCAUGGUUUUGGCGAUCUUAACUUGUUCCAACUUCUUGACGGAGACGGCCAUAUCGAUCUUGGCCCUUACAUUUGA